CACUUUGCUGGAGGAGUUCUCCACAAUGCACAGGCCAUAAAGGCCCCAAGGCCGGAUGGCUGUUGCCCUUUGUGUGGCCACAGCAACCUCUGUGUUCAGUAGGGAAGGGGGGUGCUUGUAAAUGGAUCUGGUCCGAAGCUGCCUUCACUGGAAAGGGGGCAUAGAAAGAGAACAGGCUGGCAAAUACCUUUGUGCCUGUAUAAAGAAAGUCUUCUGUGUCCCUGCCCUGUCCUUCAUCACUUGCGAAAACUCCCCUUCCUCCAGGACAGCCAAAGAGGUUAGAAAUGGGGAAGACUUCUCAGGUCACUCAUCCAUUCCCUUUCCCCACUCCCUCCCAUGCUCCUCCCACUAGCCCCCAGCCCCUCCGCUUCUAGGGCAAGAUUGUUCCCUGCAGUCUAAUCUCCAGGGCGCUGAGUGGUUACCAUCCCUUCGCUCUGAGCAAUGCCAGCUCUCAUGAACAGGAACUGAAAGAGAUAAAGUGUCUCAGUUAAGAGAGAAAAAGACCAUCCCACAGACCAGGAGGCUAGAAGAAAGGAAAAGGAAGCCAUGACUUCUUCCACAGAGACCGGUCAUCCAUCCAGAAGUGCUAGCCACAGGUGGAAGAUACAGCCAAAGGAAUUUAGGGCGAUCUUUGACCCCAGCGCAUUUCCCAAGCUGACCUACCUACUCUAUGAAAUUAAGUGGGGCAGCAGCACGAAGUUCUGGAGGAAGUGGUGCCCAAACACCCCCACCCAGCAUGCCGAAAUCAACUGCCUGGAAAAUGACUUCAAGGCGAUACACCACAGGCCUUCAGUGCGCUGCUCCAUCAUCUGGUUCCUGUCUUGGAGCCCCUGUGGGCUGUGUUGCAGACUGAUCAUUCACUUCCUACGGGCCCAUCCCAAAGUGUCCCUGCAAAUCUACAUAGGGAGGCUCUUCAGGCUCAGAGAUGAACGGAACCGGCAAGGCCUCAGGGACCUGGUGAGCAGUGGAGUGAACAUUUACAUCAUGAGCCUGCCAGCUUAUGACUACUGUUGGAGAACAUUUGUCGACCACCGAGUCAGAGAAGAUGAUAUUUACUGGCCCUGCUACUUCACUCCAUGGAUGAUAUUCUAUAUGCUUGAAUUCCAGUGUAUCCUGCAGGGUCUACCUCCUUGUUUACAGAUUUGGCUGAAGAAUUACACUGGCUCACCUGUUUUCCAACUCGUUUUACAGGAAUCUCAUAGAAAAAUACUCUGGCAAAGUCUCCACACAGCAAACAGUCACCAGCAGCGACUGAUUUUCAGGCCUAGGCCAUCAGCUGAGCACUGGUACCCAUCAAUGUAUUUUCCUGGACCACCAGUCAGUCACAAGCAGUGACCUGUGCUCAAGCCUAGACACAAGUCAAUCAACAGCGUACACCAACAUACUAUCCUGGAGCACCAACCAUUGUUCAAGCCUGAACCAUCAACCAGGCAAAGGGUUGGCCCAGUCUUGUACCUUGGUGUAUAGCUAUGAUUGGAUGCUUGUAUACAGGUAGGGUUUUUGUUUUUGUUUUGGAAUAUCUACAGUACAAGUGAAGAUUGUGAUUGUAGCAAAGGUAGGUGUGCCUGUGUUAUCUCUAAACUGAUGAGAACAGGUAACAAUAGUAGUGUAGAUGUGGUGACAUGGCCUUCAGAGCAGGUUAGCAACCAGAGUAUAUAGACAGGCUCCCUGGAGGAUUUGUACUCUGGUUGCUAGCCCAUGCUGAAGCCUAUGCCAUGACAUCUACACUACUAUUGUUACCUGUACUCCACUAGAUUAAAGCUAACAUGGAUAUGCUUUACCAUGGUACAAUCACACCUUCAUUUGCAGUGCAGACAUUCCAAAAAGUAACUACCUGUCUACAAGCAUCCAGUUACAGCUACACACCCAGAUACAAAACUUGGCCAUCAACCAAUCAACAGAAUGACCAGCAUCAUCAUUAUACUGACCUGGACCAUUGUCCAGUCUCAUGAAUAGAUGACCCUAAUGUCUCCUAUUCAAUUAACUGAAAUGAGCUAGAUUCUGUUUUCAUCUAUAUUGGUGUAAAUCCUGAGUAACUACACUGAAUUCACUGGAGUUACUCUAGAUUUGUACCAAUGCAAAUGAGAUCACGGGCGGAAGAAGAGGUGUGUAUUUCCUAAGGAGCAAUCCUUGUACUAGGUACAUUUAGGGAAGAGUGCUUUAGUAAAUUACAUUACUAUAGAUACAGCUCAGGUAUGCCUAGUGCCUUAUCAAUGAUCCAUAAUUAGCAAUAAUUUCAAACUGGAGAUGCAAAGAGGAGAUUUUAAAGUGAGUGCACUUGUGAAUUGGAGUAACAGCCUCAGUUUUAUACCCUGCAGAAUUGCAAGUGGCUUUGAAUGACAUCUAAAUAUUAGUCUUUUAGACUAUAAUGAGUUCUUAGCCCCCAUCUACACUAGACAUUCAGCCAUGCCAGGGAACUGGCUACAUGCUCAGUUGACCCCUGAACCAGUCACAAUCAUUGCUCCAAUUUGUAGGGAAGGCCAGAACUUUCAUAAUCAGGUUACAACUCAGACACAGUUAACUUCCCCUCUCUAAGUAGGACCCAGAAGCCCAAUCCUGCAUACACAAACUUGAAUAACUGUUGAAGCCAAUAGGAUUGUCCAU